GACGCCUUUGCCAGAACCUCUCCAGGGUGGCACGAUGGUAUGGGUCAAUGCAUAACGGUGCUUCGUCUUGCAGAAAAGUAUAUCUUCUACUUGAUAUCCGGAACAUAUACUCUUGUUAGUAGUACCUGCAGGUUUUGGUCAAUAUCAGCCCGAUAUCCCAACAACGUUUCAGCCUCGUACGGCGUAGCCUUUCAGUCAUAUCUCAUCAACACGCCCUCCAGCCUUGGUGCUUCAAACACCUUCGCACCCUGAUCCAAAGCAACUUCUGCAGGACCAACCUCCACACUCUCCUCCAAGUUCUUUACCAUGGCUCCCACACCAGUGGACAACAGCCUCACCGCUGACCCAACAUCCACACCCCCGCCAUCGCCUGCAUACUGGGCCAAAGCCAACAUCAUAACAACAAUCGUUUUCUGCCUUUUUGCCCUACUCUUCUCCGGAAUCCUAAUAGCCUUCUUCAUCCACCGACGCAACGAGAAACGAAAAGUCACCAACCCAACCCCAGACAAAGCAGGCCUUCUCGCAAACGAAGACAAAACAAGCAUGUUCAGCCGCAACCGAGCGACCAGCGUAACCCUCUACGUCGACUCCGAGGCCGAGGCUCAGAGCAAGAAGACCAGCCAUGAAACUGUGUCGCUGAUACCGCUUCAACUCACUCCUGCGCAAGAAAUCGGCAAUCCUAUGAACAGCACAGAGAGCGCGGGCAGUGGCAUCAGUGCCAUGAGCAGGGUGAGCCGGGCAACCAGAGCCAGCAGCGGUACACAAAGCACUAUGUUAUUGAGCCCUAUCUCGUCGAUCUGUGACGAUGGAGAUAUGGGCUCGAGGAGGCCCGGCAGAGCUCGAAGCUCAAGUGCGACAAGCGUGCGUUACUACGAUAGGACACCUCUGGACGCCCCUCCUAUGCCGAUUCCUAUAAUCGUUCGCACCGGGUCUGAUUGAGAUACACGGCGCGAGGUUACAAGGCUCAUGAUAUGGAUGUUCAGCCACUGUUAGGACAAGGGGUGGCUAUAUACUUUUCACUUUCGACUUCGCGUCAGCGGAUGCAGCAUGCGCUUCGCACGCCUUCUACUUUUCUGUUUCUGCACCUGUAC